AUGGACCUCGCGGGCCCGGUGCCCGAACUCAAAUCCCAGGCGGCCUCAAGCUCAGGCUCAGGCUCGACAUCCAAGCCCGACGACACAUACCUUUCAGACUUUACCCGUCUAGGCGAGCAGGUCUACUAUUACGUAUCAUCCCCGACGUCCAUAUCAACGCCCACGCCACCAACAUCAAGCACGGCGGACGUGGUCGCCACUGCUUCUGCUUCUGCUUCUGCCACUGGCAGCUCUGCCGCCCAAGAACCAACUGCCGAUCCCGGCCUCAUCAUCAUCUGCUCCUGGAUGUACGCCCAGCCCCGGCACAUCGCGAAAUACUCGACCGCUUACCGGGCGAAGUAUACCUCCUCGCCGAUCCUCCUCCUCCGGCAAGACGGCGGCGACUUUUUCUGGCGCACGCACGCGACGCAGAUGCGCAACUUGGAGCCCGCUAUCCGUGUCAUUCGAAGGCUUCAGGCCGACGCCACGGGCCACAAACUGAGGGUGCUGAUGCAUGUCUUUUCCAACGGCGGCGCCUGGUCGGCAUGUCAGCUUGCGGAUGCCUACGCCCUUGCUUGCAGGGGUGAUCAUGAUGCCAUCCUCCCCGGGUGUCUCCCUCUCGCCGCCCUAAUCCUAGACUCAACCCCCAGCCUGCCCGACCCCGCGGCCUCGCACGCCGCCAUCUGCGAAGCCCUCCCCAGCGCGAAGACAUACCCUCUCACCCGCAAAACGGGCGAGAUUGCGGUGUCGUGCUUCCUGGCGCUGACUUCGGCCCUAGACGCCCUACUGGGCAGGGAACACCUCACGCUGAACAUCCGGCGCAGACUCAAUGAUCCGCAGGGCGCCUUUAUGCAAAGUGGCCUCCACACGAGGGCCUAUAUCUACAGCGAGGCGGAUGCGUUGAUCCCUGCGACGGACGUGGAGGUGCAUGCCGAGGAGGCGCGGGCCAUCCUGAGGGCGCGGCAGAGGGAGAACAAGAAUAAGGAGAAUCAGCGCCACGUGGGGACCAGUACUCACCUAACUCCCAACAUUGGUGACGACAGGCGUAAGAGUAACGGUCGCGGCGACAAAGUCAGUGACGACGGUACCGGUUGCGACAUAUGGCUCGAGAAGUUCGACCACACGCGACACGUAGGACACAUGCAGGGUGAUCCGGGCAGGUAUUGGGCUGUCAUCGACAAGGUAUGGAAAGGCGGAAGUAAGGAUUAG